ACAGGAAGUUAUAUUGUGCUCAGAGAACUUCUCAUAUGCACAUCAGAAACAACUCACUCAUGCACUCAUUAAUAAUCUAAAGUACAUGAGAAUCAUAGGAUAUGUCUCUGAAAGGGAACAACAAUGGGAUAUCCAACGGAUUUAAGACCCUGGCUGUUUCAGAUGGAGAACUGAAUGUACUGGAAACAGAUAAUCGGUCAGCAUCACAGUACUCCAGCAGUAACAGCAGUCUGCCCACCGUGCCCAGUGAAGGGAGCAGAGGGGUGGGUCAGGUGGCCAGCUGGGCCGUCAGCUUUGAGAGGCUCCUGGAGGACCCAACAGGCGUACGCUACUUCACAGGAUUUCUGAAAUCUGAGGUCAGUGCUGAGAACAUCUUGUUCUGGCUGGCAUGUGAAAAGUUUCGCAAAAUACCUGUCCAUCAAACUGAGCAGCUUAAGAAAGAGGCAUCCUCAAUUUAUAACACUUUCCUGUCCAGCAAUGCAACAUCACCCAUCAACAUAGAUGACAGGGUACGAGUUGAGGAGAAAGAUGUUCAAAAUCCUCAUCCUGACAUCUUUCAAAAAGCACAACAACAGAUCUUCAAACUGAUGAAGUUUGACAGCUAUACUCGUUUUGUGCGCUCACAGCUCUAUCAGAGCUGCAUGCUAGCUGAUGUGGAGGGCAGGCCUCUGCCGGGGCUGGACUUUCGUGGCAGACCCAUCACAGCAACAAAACCCACCAGCAGCACUUCACCCAAAGAGCAAGUCAAAUUCGAUAGAACUAAGGAGAGGUUAAAGGUGAAGCCUGGAACAGUAGAUGGUGAUGAGGUGGUAGAGAGGAGGAAAGUCAAUCUUCAAGGCAUGAUAGGAAAGGACAAGCGCAAAGAAAAAAGACGGUCCUGGGGAGAAUCACCUAUCAGCUUCAAGACUGGACUUGUGAAGAGUUCAGAGGUUGACAAAUUAGUGGCACGCUCUGCAGACGGAAGGGUAGAUAAGUACUGCUGUGUCUUCCUGCCUGAUGGUACAGCUUCUCUGACCCCAGCCCGACCUGGCGUCACAAUCCGGAACAUGCUCACUGGAUUGUGUGAAAAAAGAGGCCUUCCUCUUUCAGACAUCAUUAUUUAUCUACAUGGCAAAGACAAACAACCACUGUCACUGGACCAGGACAGCUCUGUGCUGAAGGACCAGCAGGUGUUUUUGGAACUGAGGGUCACAUUUGCAGUGAAGGUAGCCUUCGCAGGAAAGACGUUGGCCGUUGUAGUGAAGUCUAAUAAGACCCUGCUGGAUGCCCUAGCGGCAAUGCUUCAGAAAUACCGCCUCAGGUCACAGGAUGCCAUUGUCAGCAUGAGUGAAACUGGAGAGAUAAUAAGUAUGAACACAGCAGUCACCUCUCUGGCCAAUAAGACACUAAUUCUAGAUAAAGCAGGUGUUGAUCAGGCCAGCAGCCCCAAAGGGAACUCAACUCCUUCAUUACAAGAUCGGAGAGGUGCUGUGGAUGCAAGCAUGUUCCCUCCAGGGAUUUCCAGAUCAGCUGCCCAUCAGAAGAACCCUGGAUUGAGAAGAACCUAUGACAUGGAGGGUUUGGUGGAGUUGUUAAACCGAGCUCAGUGCUGCAGUGCUGAUGAUCAACGAGGCCUGCUGAAGAAAGAACAUCUAAUGCUGCCUCAGUUUCUCCAGUUGCCCAUGGAAGAAGUGGAGGAAGCUGAGACAAACAGAUCACUGGAGGAGUCUUGCUCCUGUAUGGGGUCUUUUGAAGUGGAUUCUCCCGGAGUACAAUCAGAAACAUUAGGGAAGGAACAAUCAGAAAAUGAGUGCUCAAACCAAGCUCGAGAAACCGUGGUGUGAGCUAAACGGACCGGUUACAUCUUUUGCUUCAAUGAUCUGUCACACUGGAGCAUGAAGAAUAGAGAAUAAUGUUUCAGAAAUGUGAACAUGGUGGUCUUUAAUGAUGGACAAUUUUUCUUUAUAAAACCAAUGAUAUGAAAUAUUGUUUACAGUAGAUGUAAUUCUGCACGUUAUUGUCCAGCUGCUUGUAUUUAUUUUAAAAUGAUUCACAUAACAAAA